CUACGAUCAUUGAACCCCAGUUCUCUAGGGGAGGGUUUUGGGCACCGGGGCUUAUUGAUUCGCGGUGCAGAAAUUCCUUUCAUUUCUCCUUCACUUUCUCGCGUUUCCUCAGCAGACAAACGGGAGUGUAGGAGCUGACUCUAUUUUUCCUUUAAACGCAGACAAUGCAAUCGUUUAUUGGUGGGAGCAUCCGAUUGGGUCAAAGACAUGGUUUUUACAGCUGGAGCGGUGCUCAUUUUAAAGCCAACAGAGCUUAUUUGGCUACAAAUAAUAGCAGCAGGUUGAUUCAUGGAUCCAACAAUUCAAUCAAUUCUUCCAGGAAUCACCUCCUGCAAUCUCUUGGACAGACAAGAUUGGGAUUCCAAACAAAAGAAUUGAUGUUGCCCGGUUGUUCUGACGGAUGUUCGAUGCCUGGUUUGUCUCAGUUGGCUGCAAUGAUGUCUACUUGCUCUAGCAGGUCUAUGACAACAGCUGCCUCGCCUACUCCGGAUUCUUCCCAAUCUGUCACUGAUGUGCCUCCUCAAAUCAAAUUUAAAAGGCUUGAUAAAACUGCCAAGCACAUAAUGCAGAUUCUGGAUAAGGAAGCAGUGGAAGAGGUGAAGGCACAGAGGGAGAUACCUGACAUUAAACCUGGCAACAUUGUGCAACUCAGAGUGGAAGUACCUGAAAACAAGCGACGUGUUUCAACCAUAAAAGGCAUUGUUAUAGCUAGGCGUAAUGCUGGCCUAAAUAGUACAUUCCGACUGAGGAGAAUGGUAGCAGGAGUUGGGGUUGAGUCCCUCUUUCCACUGCCUGUACAGGAGCUUCUAGUUGAAGAUAACAUGGGAAUGACCUAGAAUAUCACUCCAUCAGAGCACCUUUUUAUGAAAGGCAAUAUCGCUGAGAGGAAGAGGGAGAGACUGAGGGUAUUCAUAUUGAUAGGGAAAAAGGCUUCUGACAUGAAAAUGUGUCCUCUUCGUGCGUCAGACACAGCUAUCUGUUAACACUGAGAUAGUGUCAUCUGAGCAGGAUUGUUGUUGAGUUCUUGGGUUAUAAGUGUGUGAUAAGAAUGGUUUUUUAUAAAUAAAAAAUUCACAAAAAGGAUUAUCCUUUGGGUGGCAGUCAAACUUAGGCAUGCAUCAUCAUGUCAUCUCGUGUCCUUCACCAACAAUCCAGUAUCUAUCAUCAAGUUUGGGCCCUUAUUUUUAUCCGUUAAUCAGGUUUUGCCAUCUGCUUAGCUCCCUAGCCACAUUCCGUACAUGCCCAAGCAUGUAAAUGUUAAAGGUAGAUUCAUUGAUUGUUGUGUUUAAACAUAUAGGUACUAUUUGACCUACUGCAACCAUCAUGACUGAUGAUGGAUGAGUUGGACUAGUACCUAGCUUGCCAUAUGGAUUGUAUUGAUUGAGCUCUGUUGUGGGUGGGUGCACAAGAGGUUGAAGUUUUUCAUUCUACUAGUACUUUUGUUCCUACUACAACUGUUUAAUGCUUUCACUACACGGUAAAUGCCAAAAUUGCUUGAUUAAUUUGUUGGUUGGUCUUCUUUGACUUCUCGUUUUUCAAAUUUUCUAAUAUUCUUUCAUUUAAUGACUAAAGUUUAACUUACAAAGGAUUCAAUCCAGAAAUCUGGAUUCACCUAUGAGAAUCAUUUCUGGUUUAUGGAAAAAGAAAAAGACCACAAUCUCCUUUUGGCUUUCGUCCUUUUGUUGUGGCAACUUCACUUUUAAUCUUUACUCUUGGUACAGGUGUGUUUGUUUAUCAUAAUUGGUAACCAAUAAUUUUAUAUGGUUUUUGUAAUUUCCCACAUGAUACUAUAUCCAGUUUCUUUCUUUCUAUUUUAUAUAAUUCACCAGUCUUUUGUUAUGGAAAAGAGUUGAAAAUAUCAUAUAAUUGUUCUCAUUGUUUGUUCAAUUUGGUUAUACUUAAUCUUUUACGUAUUGGUCAAAUAAGAGUGGGUGAUGGA